CCUAAUAUUGUACCUAUCAAUUAUUCUUGUUUCCGUUAUGUGCGCCUUGGUCGCGAUUUUUUUCGUAGCGGCUCUGUCGAUAGCAGCCGCGGCACCAUCAGGCUACUUAGGUCAUGGUGUCGCGUUAGCUGGACCGAUUCUAGGACCUGCGGCUCUUGCAGGUCCUAUCAAUGGACCGUCCGCUCUCGCUGGUCCAGUGGUUGGACCUGCGCGCAUAUCCGGAGCGGUUGAUGGUGGUGCUAUCGUUACUGGUGCUGUAGCUGGACCAUCGGUCGUUUCAGAUAGCAUCUCUGGACAAGCCGCGAUUGUCGGCCCAGCUCUUGGCCAUGCGGCACCAGUCUUGGGAUGGCCAGCUUAUGGUUCAUAUGGACCAGUACUUGCUGGUCCUGCUGUAGGUCCAGCGGCUCUUGCUGGACCUAUCGCAGCUCCAGCUCUAAUUACUGGUCCAUCCGGUAGCAUCUCUUUUGGACAUAGUGGAUUAGGUAAUAUUAUUCGUGGAUAUUCACCUGGACACUGGUAAUUCACGUCAUUUGGCAACACGAACUAAGGACCUCCGCAACUGAUCUCUUAGAUGCACAAUCUCAAUCACGAUCUUCGUCAUUCGGCAUAUUACACGUAUUUCUUACAUGUGUACAUAAUAAAGUUUCGCAUAUAUAACAUUAUAUAUAAUAAUAAUAAAUGCAUGGCACUU